UUUGGCAACAGUUGUCGAGGGGACCUUGAAUAGAGAGACCGAGAGAAAGAGAGAGAGAAAGCGAUCUUGACGCACACCGACGUUGACCGGGACUCGACGACCCGACCAAGGGGUUGUUUUACUCUUAAAUUAGAGAUUGGAAUAUAUACGUUCCGAUUUUUAAGCAUAACGUUACAGUGAAAGAUGGGACAGUCGCGAAAAGGACUAUCGCUAGUCGCGGUUUUUUGUUUUUUAAGUUUAUUGGAGAAUUCAAGCGGAGCUUCAUUUAUUCGUUCGCAUUAUCACAAAGUCGACGGUAGUAAUGAGAGAACUGAGGACGGUGCGUUUAGCCCUAGGGACAGCGAACACUACGUUGACGGAGAGCAUCAUCAAGAAUUCGAUCACGAAGCUAUUCUCGGUAGUGUCAAGGAGGCGAAGGAAUUCGACAAACUUCCGAUCGAGGAAUCUAAAAAAAGAUUGGAAAUAUUGCUCAAAAAAAUGGAUUUAAAUCGGGAUAACUACAUUGAAAGAAAUGAACUGAAAGCAUGGAUUUUACGGUCUUUCAGUAUGCUUUCAACGGAGGAAUCCCAGGAUCGUUUGGAAGAUGCAGACACAGAUGAGGAUGGUAAAGUUAGCUGGGAGGAAAUAGUUCAAGACACUUAUGGUUCAGAUGCAGAGGAUCUUGCUGCGGAGGACAGACUCAUCGCCGAUGACAAAGCCACAUUCAAUCUGGCCGAUCUUAACAACGAUGGACUUUUGGACAAAGAAGAGUUCAAAGCUUACACUCAUCCCGAAGAGACUCCAAGAAUGUAUCCGCUUCUGUUGCAACAAGCUCUUGAAGAAAAAGAUACGGAUAAGGAUGGAAGCAUAAGCUUCCAGGAGUUUUUAGGAAAUAGAGCUAAAAAUGAGGAUAAAGAAUGGCUCAUUGUCGAAAAGGACAAAUUUGAUCAUGAGCAUGACAAAAAUCAGGAUGGCAAGCUCGACUCCUCCGAAGUGCUGGCUUGGCUCGUGCCUAGUAACGAUGAUUUGGCAACCGAUGAAGUGGAUCAUUUGUUUGCGGCCUCGGACGACGAUCACGACAACAGAUUAUCGUUUGAAGAAGUUCUUGAGCAUCAUGACACGUUCGUGGGAAGUGAGGCGACCGAUUAUGGCGAUUAUCUACAGAGCAUUGAUCGUUUCACAGACGAGCUUUGAAACUUGGUCAUUCAACGGAUCAUUAAAAAAAUUACAAAAUGGCGUAAUGUGUUGCGAAGAAGAUGUCUCAGAUCUUUUUUUAUAUUUUUAGACGGUUGUCUAUUGGCAUUUCUUUAUUAUCUUUUCUUAAUCUUAUACGUUAGCUAAUGUUUUAAUUUCACAAAACAAAAAAAAACAUCGAGCUGUAUUUGACAUGACAAAUUCAUCGGUAAAAUCUAUAAUUUCAUUAUUUUCACAAAUUUAAUGACACUGACGGACAUCUAGUUUAUAGCGAACAAAAACCUCUACUUUCGACUUUUUGUGUGUUUUUCUUUUAAUGAAAUAUCACGAUUUGUCGUCGUCUUCCUACUUUGUACACUAUUGAUAGUGCCAUAACAUGUUUGUUUUCUUUUUUAGCGGGAUUACAUUUAUUUAAAUAGACAGUAGUGAUCAAUACUCUGUAUUAAGAGACUCAAGCCAAAGUUUAUCCCGGCUUAUAUAAUUUUAUUCCAGUGUACUUAGUUUCGUAUCUAUACUUUGUGUGAUUACACUUUACACAUUUCUUUCAUCACCACUAUUAUUAUUAUUGUAUUUCUUCAUUGUGACCAUUGCAUGCUCGUGUGAAUGCCCAAGAAUGUUAUUUUGUCUCUCGAAUAAAAAUACAAUUUUUUAUAA